AUGUGGGAAGAAGGUUCGUCCCGCGACGGUCCGCUGUUCACAUGGAGCCAAGUGACUCGAAUCCCGAGCUGACGUGAAGCAUAACCCGCACCCUCCUCAAAGCUGGACUGCUACCUCAUCCUACACAGCCUGCAUCGCUGCUCCAAGCCCAGACCGUAUUCGACCUGAAAGCGCACAAGAAAUCUCCCGUCUCCGAUCCCAACUCCUCCAAUUUCGUUCCUCGCGCAAUCUACGAAUCGCACGAGGUCUUGAUCGAUGGCGUUUCAGGCGUGCUGGAUGAUUGGCCGGAGAAGCGGGAGAGAAAACGCGUGUGGGUGGCGAGGAACAAGGCGUUGGAUCUAUUGAGGUGGAGGCAAGAUUGCAGACACUUGUUGGAAGUGGCAGAGCUGAAGGCUGCCGAUUCACACGAGACAGGUACGCGGUCUUGA